AUGGGUUUAUCGGAAUUUGAAGAAUGUUCAUCAUCUGUUCGUUAUUGUUGUCCAUCAAUUGAUCGAUCAUUAACAAAACAUUUAAUUGAAUUAUCAAAUAGUCCAUUUAAAUCUUUUUCACGUUUUUCUCAUAGACCUGAAUGGGCUGAUGGUCUUGAUAUAUGGUCAUCAAUUGAAAAUUCAAAUACAAAAAAUGAUUUAUCUCGUCGUCAUUUAGAUUUUCAUAAUGAUAUUGGACUUUAUUUACCUCGUCAUGAAAAACCAAAUUCAGCUCCAAUAUCAUUAAAAGGUCUUCAUUUAAAUUCUAAAAUAACAAAUAAUAAUUUUACUCCAGAAAGAAUUCGACAAUUAUUAAAAAAAGAAAAAGAUCUUUUAAUAGAAAAUAAUUUAUCAAAUCAACAAUUUAUUAUUGAACAUCCAAUACCACCUGUUCCAACAAAUACUUUUAGACAAUCUACUUAUAUUGAAUCACCACAAACAAAUGAAAUUCGUCUUCCACUUCGUCAUAUGACAAGUAAAUCACCAUCUCCUCCACAACCACAACAACAACAACAACAAAUAAAUCCAUCAUUAAAUCAAGAUACAUUAAAAAGUUUAUUAAAAGAACAUUUAACAUCAUUAUUAACACGUGGUGCAUCAACAUUAAAUGUAACUCGAACAUUAAUAAAUGUACCUUCAGUUGAACUAAAACAACAAAAUCGAACAGAUAUAAAACAAGUUGAAGAAUUAAAUUCAUCAUCAUUACCAUUUCAACAAAUAAAAACAAAUCAAACAUCACCAUUAACAUUUCAUCAACGAUCAACAUUUGGUUUAACUGUAACACCAGUUGAUUUAUCUUCACAAAAAAAUUUUUCAAGUGUUUCACUUGAAAAAAUGGCUCAACAAAAAAAUUUUAAUCAAGAUAAUGAUUCAUCAUCGGUUUCAACUAGUCGACCUUCAACACAACCAGCUCCUCCUCUUCCUCCGUCAACUUAUCAAUAUCAACAACAACAAAGAGUUGUUCUAAGAAAAAAUUUAGAAACAACAAAUUCUUCUUCAGUUGAAAAUAUUUUUUCAAAUGAAAAUUUAACAAAACAAAAUGAAUCAAAUCAAACAAUACAAAAUAUUCGAAAAGUUCCAUUUAAUAAUCGUUCAACAUCAAAAACUGGAAUUCAUCGAACAACAACAACAGCAACAACUAUGGAAUUAUUACCACCAAUUAUAUCUGGUAAACGUCUUCAUAUUCCCUUAGCCAAUCAUCGAUAUUUAUAA